AUGGGCUUCAGGGUGGUGCUGCUGUCCUUCCUCCUGGUGUCUCUGAGCUGGUCCAGAGGAGCCGUCAUCACAGGGGCCUGUGAGAGGGACAUGCAGUGUGGUUUUGGUCUUUGCUGUGCUGUUAGUCUAUGGCUGAGGGGUCUGAGGAUGUGCGUCCCAAGAGGUGCAGAAGGGGAUGAAUGCCACCCCUAUAGCCACAAGGUGCCCUAUGGAGGGAAAAGGCAACAUCACACCUGCCCCUGUCUGCCCCACUUGGUGUGCACCAGGGAUGCUGAUAACAAGUACAGAUGUACAGAUGACUUCAAGUACAUGGACUUUUAA